AUGUCAUCUACUGUGGUGCAAGAGACCAAGCAGGCUGGGAUUGAGGGAUGGACGACCCUGCAGCUCACCAGCGCAUAUGGUCCAGUCUUUCGUUCCGUCAGAACAACACCGCCUCGCGAUGCUACGCGAGAAGAGAUCCCCGUGAUCGAUGUCAGUGGGAUAUUCAGCAAGGACGUUGAAGAUCGGAAAGCCGUGGCAGCACAAAUACGACAGGCUGCCACCAGCAUCGGGUUCUUCUACAUGAAGAACCAUGGAAUCCCACAAAACACCAUCGCAUCGGCCCUGAAGGCUUCUAAGACCUUCUUUCAUCAACCACAAGAGAUCAAGGAACGCGUGAGCGUGUCGGGCUCUAAAUGGCACAAUGGCUGGAAUGGUCCGAAAUCUCACCGAGCCAAUGCUGUCGAAAGUGUCGACUAUCGAGAAAGUUUCGGCAUGCGGUAUGACCCUAAUUACGAUCCUGCUGUCGAGGACAUUGAAUCUAUCCCACAAAACAUCAAGGACGGUUUCCGCGCAGAGGAGUAUUGUUGGAAUGAGACCUCGAAUGUCCCCGGCUUCAAGGAAGAUGUGAUUGAAUACUGGCGAGCCUGCCUUUCGACGGCUCGGCGACUGGUGAGGACGUUUGCCCUUGCCCUGGACUUGCCCGAAAACCAUUUUGACACCAUGACCUCGCACCCUGAUGCUGCGAUUGCACUCAACUAUUACCCUCCGAUUCCAGAAAGUGCUCUGGGGGACAAGGAGGAGGCUGUCAGCAUCGGUUCACAUACGGAUCUUCAGCUCUUCACCAUGCUCUGGCAGGACCAGAAUGGUGGCCUUCAAGUUUUGAAUCGAGACGGACAGUGGUUGAAUGCAACUCCGAUAGAAGACACCUUUGUUGUCAACAUUGGAGAUUACCUGAUGCGCAUCACGAAUGACCGCUUUGUGUCCACCGUCCAUCGGGCAAAGAAUUUCAACACUAACGAACGCUUUUCGAUGCCAUUUUUCUUUGGUUUUAACUUCAAUGAGACGUGCGGAGUGCUUCCAAGUUGUGUUGAUGAAGACCAUCCAGCGAAAUAUGAGCCUAUAUCCUGCCAGGAAUGGGUUCACUUGCGGUUCAAGGCAACCAAUAUAUAG